AUGCCGGCUCUGGCCAAUGAUACCUUUGAUCUGCCUCUGGCCAAGAGGCAGAAGACUGUUCUCGAGAAGGCACAAGGAUCUUCCCGAGGAGGUUCCAAGAUUUUUGCACCUUACAGGACUCUAGGUCUUGUAUCGCCGACCUCGGUCCCUUUCACCUUUGUGCGCCUGGGCAAAUCGACCUUCCAGAUCACGACCUCAGUCGGUCAUACUUUGCAAACCUAUGAUGUGCGCAAGGGCUUGAGCCUCAUUUUCCUGAGUCGACCACAAACUCCUGAGACCAUUACUGCGACGUUCGCCUGGCAAGAUAAGGUCUUUGCAGCAUGGGGCCACCUUCGACCGCGGUCGCCCGGUGGCAUCUGGGUCUUCAAACGUGGAAAACGAGUAGCGUCCUUGGACAGCCCCGGACUGGAUGCACCCAUUGAACGUUUGGCGGUAUUUGGCUCAUGGGUGGUCGGCUGCUGGUCAGGUGGAUUGGAAGUAUGGAAGAAUGGCAGCUAUGAGCACUACACCAGUCUGCGACCCCGGCCGAUUCCCGGUGCAUCGGGAGACCAAGUCUAUUCCGGUGUCAUGUGCACCAUGCCCACUUACCUCAACAAAGUCUUCGUUGGUCGCACCGAUGGUGCUGUUGACAUUUGGAACCUGCGCAGCGGCAAGCUUCUCCACACUCUUCAGCCUCCAUCCGCCUCUUCACAGCCGGGCCCCGUGACGGCAAUGCAGCACACCCCGGCCCUUUCCCUUCUCGCCAUCGCGCACAAGGACGGUUCUUUGGCGAUUCAAAAUGUCGAUUCUGGCGAAUUGGUAUUGUCUCUGAGAAAUUCUGCUGCCCGAGCUGCCCCGGUGACAUCCAUCGCUUUUCGGAGCGAUGGCCUUGGCGCUGGUCACGAUGGACGAAUGGCCGGCGUGAUGGCCACAGCUACGAGCGGAACGGGAGAUAUUACAAUGUGGGAUCUGAACAACGGGGGUCGAGUGGCGGGUAUCCUUCGAGGUGCCCACCGAGUGUCCAACAACAUCUCAGCAAUGGGCGUGAACCGGGUUGAAUUCCUGGAUGGUCAGCCCGUACUCGUCUCGUCGGGCGAUGACAACGCCUUGAAGACGUGGAUCUUCGACGAGACGCCAUUUUCGCCCAUUCCCCGCCCAUUGCAUUCUCGAGCGGGUCACUCCGCGGCUGUCAACACGAUCGAGUUCCUCCCGGCCUCGUCGGACGGUUCCGAAUUUGGUGGCAAGUGGCUCUUGAGUGCAAGCAAGGAUUGCAGUAUGUGGGGCCUUAGUCUUCGCAAAGACAGCCAGCACGCAGAAAUGUCACAAGGCAAUGUGGAGCGCAAGGCCAAGAAGAUGGGCCCCUCGGACCACACCGGAAUGACCUCGGCCGAGGCGCUCAAGGCGCCUGAGGUGACCUGUAUUGCCAGCUCGCUCAAUCGGGAUGGUGGUAUGGGCACUGCUACUUCAGGGCCAGUGUGGUCGAAUCCUAAGUUUGGGACCACGGAUGCCACCAAUGCCACCGGCUGGGAGAGUGUCGUGACCGGGCACCGGGGUGAUCAGCAUGCCCGGACUUGGUUCUGGGGCAAGAAAAAGGCUGGUCGCUGGGCCUUUGCUACUAGUGACGGAACGGAAGUCAAGAGCGUUGCGAUGUCUCCCUGCGGCACAUUCGCCGUUGUUGGAUCAGCCGGCGGUGCCAUUGAUAUGUUCAACAUGCAGUCCGGUCAGCAUCGCCAAAGUUUCCCUCCGCGCGCACCCAAGCCUCGCAAAGCGAAAAUGCCGGUGGUGGAUUAUUCGGCGGACAAGCAUACCAAAGCGGUCACUGGUCUUAUGGUCGACAACUUGAAUCGAACGGUGAUCAGCUGUGGUCUGGAUGGCAAAGUCAAGUUCUGGGAUCUUCUCAAGGGCACAUUGAUUGAUCAGCUCGAUUGGCAUCCCAUGGCGGCCAUCACGGGACUCCGCUACAGCAAGACCAGCGAUCUGGUUGCCUUCAGCUGUGACGAUCUCUCCAUUCGCGUGGUGGAUCUGGAGACCCGAAAGUUGGUUCGUGAGUUCUGGGGCUGUGUGGGUCAGGUCAAUGACUUUAUUUUCUCCAACGACGGACGUUGGAUCGUCGCGGCCUCCAUGGACUCCGUCGUCCGUGUCUGGGAUCUGCCCACGGGUCAUCUCAUCGAUGUUUUCCGCGUCUCCAGUACUUGCGUGUCGCUGGCAAUGUCGUCAACUGGCGAGUUCCUUGCUACUGCGCACGCCGGUAGCAUUGGAAUCAGCCUUUGGAGCAACCGAUCCCUUUUCAUGCCCGUUUCGACCAAGAAUAUGGAUGACGAUGUAAUCGAAGACGUGGCUGUGCCUACCUCUUCCGGUGAGAGCGGUGCGGGACUGGUCGAGGCCGCGUUUGUGGACGCAGAGGAAGUGGAUGAGUCCGAGGGGCCAGUGCUGGCCACUGAACAACUCCAGAAAGACAUGGUGACACUGAGUCUGGUUCCCAAGAGCAGAUGGCAGACAUUGCUGCAUCUGGAUUCCAUUCGGGAACGGAAUCGCCCGAAAGAAGCCCCGAAAGCCCCUGAAAAGGCACCUUUCUUCUUGCCCUCUCUGCUUGGCCCUGGCGCUUCUCAAGCCGCUAAAGACGCCGCCGCGGCCGACGCUGCCGAGUUGGCAGCUCUCACGCAGACCGUGGACGCGGAGCGGUCUCGCGUGUCCAAACUUCAGUCCGGUAAUCUUGGUCCCGCAGAAUCUCCCAUCACACGACUCCUGGAAUCCGGACACGAAGGUGGCUCGUUUGAUCCUCUUGUUGAGCAUAUGAAAUCCCUUUCGCCUGCACGGGCCGACCUUGAGAUCCGCUCUCUGGAUCCCCGUGUGCGUAACGGAUUCUCUGAAUUGGCGACUUUUGUUGAGGCGCUCACUGCACGCCUCAAGCUGCGCCGGGACUUUGAGCUGGUGAACGCGUGGAUGGCUGUUCUGCUGAAGAUUCACUCCGACACAGUCGCUCUCUGCUCGCAUCGCGACGAGCCCGAGUAUCGGCUGCUGCGGGAUGCUUUGGCGGCUUGGGCUCGCGAGCAGCGGCAGGAAGGCGAGCGCUUGGCCGGCCUUGUAGGAUACUGUCGUGGUGUUGCUGGCUUCUUGCGUUCAGCUCGUUGA